AUGUUUGUGAGGGGCGCGGGGUCACUUCCGGGGAUCCGGGAGCACUUCCGGGGCGCGCCGACCAGGCGCUUCCGCUCGGCUGCCGAAGAGGGAGGGGCUCUUAAAGGGGCCCUGACGUCGGCAGCCGGCGGGACGCCAGCGCCAGGCAGAGGACCCAAGGCCACAGAGUCGCCGCUGCUGGAGUCACUGCCGGACGGAGCCGGACGCGCCAUCGUCAAGCUGGGGAAGUUGGAGCUUAAGAGCAUGGAUCUGAAGCCGGGGAUGGCCCUGAAACUUAAGGGCAAGAUUGCGGAUGACUGUCCCGGCUUCGCGAUUAACCUGGGCCAGACGGCUGAUCAUCUGAACCUGCAUUUUAACCCGCGCUUUGGGGAGAACACCAUCAUCUUCAACAGCAAGGAGGGCGGCCACUGGGGUCAGGAGCAACGGGACAGUCACAUGUGCUUCAGCCCGGGAGACGAGGUCAAGAUCACUGUGAUCUUUGAGAGCGACGAGUUCAAGGUCAAACUUCCUGACGGGCACGAGCUGAGUUUUCCCAACAGGCUGGGGGGCAGUCACCUGACCUACCUGGGCGUGGAGGGUGGCCUCAACAUUUCCUCCAUCAAGUCUGAGUGAGCCCCCGGCCGCGUGCUUGGCAGGAGACCCUGGAGCGAGGCGGGAUCAGGGGCAUCCACCCUCCCCCCCAUCCUGACCCCCUCCCCCCUCCCCGAGACGGAGCAGGGACAGAAAAGUGCCUGGGGGCUGGAGCGACAGUCCAGUAUGUAGGACGCUGGUCUUGCACGCAGCUGACUCAGGUAUAAUUCUUGGCACCCGCUAGGGUCCCCUGAGCCCCGCCGGGAGUGAUCCCUGAGCGUCGCUGAGGAUGGCCCGAAACCCAAAGGGAAAAAAGAAAAGAGAAAGAGAAAGAA